AUGUCGCAAGAACUGGAGCGUGCGGCAGUGACGGCCAUGGCGCCCGAUGAGGUUCCGACGCCCUUGGCCACCCCUGUUCUUCCGCUGGCCAAAAGGAUGAAGGAAGAUCCGGCGGUUCCGGCCAUGGCGACUGAAGACUGUUCCAGGUGGUCCACGCUCCCACCGGAACUCCUCCGCCUCAUCGCUGAAUCCUUACUCGGCACCAACGACGUCGACUGCUACGUGGACUUCCGCGCCGUUUGCCCCAGCUGGCGUGCUGCCACCGACGAUCCAAAGGACAACACCUCUGACCGCCGCUUCCAUUCGCGGCGGUGGAUCGUCCUCGACCAGGUCUUCCAGAGCGAGGGGGAUUUUUUCCUGCUGAACACCGAUACCGGCCGCUUCGUCCACAGGAAGCUCCCGCUGCUCAGCGAACACUACGUGGUGGCGACCACUUACAGCGGCUACGUCGUCCUGGCGGACAAAAGCCCUCCUCACGUGGCCAGCGUCCUCAACCCUCUCACCGGUGUCGUCGUCCGCUUUGCGAUGACCGUGCCCCCCGACGUGGGGGUUGCCCAUGUCGUCCUCUCCGGUGGCGGAUCUCUGCGCACACUCAUAUUGGUCGGCAACUCGUCUCGCACACAUUACAUGGCUGGUCCCGACAACCAGGAUUUCACCACCGUCCAUAUGGCCUCGCCAGAUUAUGAUCUCCUAUUCAAGGCGGCCGUAGGUGGUGGCGUCUACACGUACCUCAAUCCAUACCUAGAUGGUGAGCACUACACGUACCUCAAUCCAUACGUAGAGGGUGUGCUCACUGUUAUCUACAACUUCUUGGGGACCUAUCGUUUUGAUCCUCUCAAGUUUUUCUCCGGCCAUGGCAACUACGACCGGGGCUUCCUAGUUGGUCUGGACAUUCUCUCCAGCUACACUAUCAACAUCCUGGAUUCUCAACUCGCCUUGCAACAGAUGCCAUAA